GGGUUUCCUAUUCGUGUGUGUGUGUGUCUAUAUAUAUAUAUAUAUAUAUAUAUGUCUGAGCAUUAGAGGUCUGAGACUCUAGCUACUCUGUAAUUGUUGUAUCCAGGGAUCUUUCAUUUAGAAAAUGGGGAAGAACGAGAACCAAAAUGCGCAAAACCCUGAGGGUGUGAUUGUGUUGGGCGUCUACAUGCACUGCCAGGGAUGCGCCGAUACCAUCGUCAACCAUUUGCGUGGAUUCGACGGCGUUGAACAAAUUGAGACGGAUAUGAAAACUCACAGAGUCAUUGUGAAGGGCAAAAAUGCUGACCCGAGGAAAGUGGUGGAUAGGCUUCGAAAGAAGACUGAAAAACACAUCCAUCUCAUUUCUCCAACUCUCAAAGUGGAAGAAAAAAAGGAACAGAAAAAAGAAGAGCCGAAGAUUUUCGAAGUGGUGAUGAAGAUUCUCAUGCAUUGUGAAGGUUGUGCAGAGGAUAUCAAGUACCGCAUUCAUAAGAUGCAGGAAGUUCACACCGUGGAGACAGACAUGAAGAACGCACAAGUGACUGUCAAAGGAGAGUUUGAACCAAAGAAGCUAGUGGAGUACAUCCACAAAAAGGCAGGCAAACAUGCAGUGAUUGUGAAGCAAACACCACCAAAGAGGAAAGAAGACGAGAAGGAAAAGGAAAAGGAAAAGGAUUGCGAAAAAUUUAACCCCUGCGAGUAUUACCAGAUUCAUCCACCAGGACUAGUCUACGCGCCUCAGCUUUUUAGUGACGAAAAUCCUAAUGCCUGCUCCGUGAUGUAGAUAGAAAAAAAGUGACCCACUGAAUAUUAUAGGUAGAGAGUUCUAGGACUGAAAAUUGGCCUUCUUGUUCUUAAUUGACUCGU